UAUAACGAGAAGCAACAGCGGCAGCGAGCACGCGCGGCGGCCUGACACAGAAGCUACGCGGAGGCAGGCAGGAGCUAGCGAGAGAGACACGGAGAGCGAGAUGAGGUCGAGGGUGGCGCUGGAGCCGCUGGCGGAGGAGCCCGGCGGCGGGGAGGAGGACGCGGCGCGGAGGCGCUCGGGCCUCCACGCGGCGCUGCACCGGUGGGCGCGCCUCCUAUCCGGGGGCGCCGCCGGGGACGACGCGCGCCCGGCGGCCGACCUCCGCGUGCUCCUCUCCGUGCUCGCCUGCCCCCUCUCCCCCGUCCCGCUCCUCCCGCGCCUUCCACGCCACGUGGCGUCGUCGGCGCAGUACAUCAUCGAGCAGUUCAGGGCCACGACGGGGUGCGGGAAGCUCGAGGACGGCGCCAUCAAGAGCAUGUACGCGUCAGGGCGGGUUCGCCUGUCGAUGCUGCAGGACCCCAGCAGCGGGGGAGGCGGCGGCGGGCGCGCCCACGAGGGGAGCUUCGUGCUGUGGCAGCUUGCGCCCAGCAUGUGGCUCGUCGAGAUGUCCGUGGCCGGCCAGAGCGUCGCGGCGGGCAGCGACGGCCGCGUCGCCUGGCGCCGCACGCCCUGGCUCGGCGCCCACGCCGCACGCGGCGGCUCCCGCCCGCUCCGACGCGCACUCCAGGGCCUGGACCCGGUGACGAUCGCGUCCAUCUUCUCGACGGCGGAGCACGCCGGCGAGAAGCAGGUGGACGGCGAGGAUUGCUUCGUGAUGCGCCUGGACGUGGGUCCCUCGGUGCUGUCGAGCUGGAGCGACGGCACGGCGGAGGUGAUCCGGCACGGGCUGACGGGGUUCUUCAGCCAGCGCAGCGGCCUCCUGGCGCGGCUGGAGGACUCGCAGCUGACCCGGAUCCAGUCCCCCGGCGCGCCCGCCAUGUACUGGGAGACCACCAUCGCGUCCGCCGUGUCGGACUACCGCGCCGUCGACGGCGGCGUCGCCGUGGCCCACGCCGGCACGUCGACGGCGCACCUCGCCCGGUUCGGCGUCGGCGUCCGCGCCGCGCGGGUGGUGACGCGGAUGGAGGAGUCGUGGACAAUCGACGACGUGGCGUUCAACGUCCCGGGGCUCGGCCCGGACGCCUUCAUACCGCCGGAGGAGGUCAGGAGGAGCCGGUCCUACGGCGCCGCCAUCGCCGCCGGCAAGUGAGCUCCCACCGUGCGCGCGUGAGGUCCCGGCGUUCGUGUAACAUAGUCUGCGUAGAGAGAGCUUUGUAGCUUUGUUUUUAUCUCCGUCUUCCCUUUGUAACUUCGUGAGUGAGCGUGGCAUCAACGAUCGUGCAUGUACAUAUAUGUAAUCUGAUUUACCCAAAAAUAAUAACGACGAAAUUUGUAAGCCACGUUGGUUGGAUCUGCGAUUCGUUCCAGUUUUAUGGGUACACAAUGUACUGAAAAUGAACAGACA